AUGGCUAAAGAUAAAUUAGAAUUUAAACCCAAGUCAUUUGUAUUGGCAAAAAUGCCAGGGUAUCCCGCCUGGCCAUCAUAUGUUAUGCCAAAUAAUGAGAUACCCAAGACCGUUCUACGAGAGAAACCUAAAAAUAAAUUAAUUUGUGUGUUAUUCAUCCCUGAUGCUGACUUUGUUUGGUGUAACCCUGAAGAUUUAAAAGAAUUGGACCACGAAACUUUAGAGAAAAAGAUAACUGAAUCAUCUAAAAAGAAAGGGAAAGGGUUCAAAUUGACAAAAGCAUUAGUAGCAGCAAGAGAAAUGACUUAUGAGAAGUUAUUAGCCAAAUUAGGAGGUACAGGUGAUUCAUUUGCCGGUGAAGAAGAGGAAGAAUUCGAAGAAGAGGUGGAGGAAAAGAUUGAAGAACCUGAAGAACUCGAAGAACCUGAACCUGAACCUGAACUUGAAGAGGAAGAUGUACCAGAGCCAGAAGCCAAACCUGUAGAGUCAGAGCGAGCAGCUCGUAAAAGAAGAAGAAUCAUUGAAGAGGAAGAACCAGUUGAACAUUCUGGCAAAAAUGGAGUCAAUGGCAAGAAAGAAGAGAAAUCCAAAUCUGACGAAGAAAAAGAUGGUAAAGAAUCGAAAUUUAAUGGAACAUCUAAAAGAUUUAAAACUGUAUCACCAGGUCCAAUAGAAUCCCCCCACAAAAAAGAAAAACCAAUAAAAGUAAAAGAUAAACCAACUGAAGAAGAGAAAUUAGAACAACUUUGGUUAUGUAGAAUUAAAUUACAAAAAUCAUUAAUUCAAAGGAAUAAUAAUGAAGCAACUAUUGAUGAUCUAUCAAUUUCAAGAUUAAUAUUACAUAAAUUAGCAGAUUUCCCCAUGGAAUUAAAUUUAUUAAAGAAAACCAAAAUUCAUAAAGUUUUAAAACAUAUACUCAAAGAACAAAAAUAUGAAUUGAAUGAAAGCUUUAAAUUACAUGAAAAAUGUAGAGAAUUAUUAGAUAAAUGGUCAAAUAUGAUUGAUUCAAUUAAACGUGAAAAAGAGCAUGAUCUUUCCGAUAUAAAAGAUCAAUCUAUAAAUAAUGACCUCCAAACAGCUUCCGUUGAAACUUAA